AUGACACAUUUAUCUAGUAUUCAAUUGAUGACAGAGGAACGAAUUGAUGAAUUAAUGAAUUCAUUUCGAAGUUCAUUUUGGAUUGAUGAACAUCAGUGGUUUGUUCGAUGUAUGAGUGAUGUAAACCGUAUUCGUUUUGAGACUGUGUCGAAAGCAUUUCGUUAUAUUGAUAAAAAUCUUCCUAGUGUGUUCAAAUCAACAGAUUCACAAGACAAUAUUGAAAGACUUUAUACUACUAUGGAUAGUAUCUCGGAUGUGACACUUUCCAAUCAAUCAAUUGCAUCGAAGAUUUGUUUUCCAAAACUUUAUUCUCUUUCAGUAAAAUGUCCUAUUAAUGAUCAAUACUGGUCGAUGAUUUCAAAUUUACAUCAAGUUUCAUCACUUUCAUUACAUUUGUCUACUGAUUUUUCACAAUCCAAAUUGCAAGCUUUUCUCGAUCGAAUGCCUCAUCUUCGCACGUUGACUAUUCAUCAAGAUGCAUCAUUUCCUUUGCCAAUGGCAUUACUUAAUUGUACAUUUCCAUCAUCCAUUCAUUCUUUGCAUUUAGAAAAUUGCAAACAUUAUUUCAAUGAAGAAGACUGUACUAUAUUAAUUCAUUCAUCAUUGACGAGUCACUGUGAACAACUUAACAUUUUAGUGAAGAAUUGUCAAAGUAUUAUUAUUCUUGUUAAAAACAUGACCAAUCUUUGUACAUUACGUGCUCGUUUUACGGAUGAAAAGAUCUAUGAAUUUGAGCCUUCAAGAAUGCGUCAUAACGUUACUGAUGAAACUAUCCUAUGCAAAGAUGAAGAUAUUCAAUGGAUGAUCAAUCAAUUACCACCAACCUGUGUAAUAACUAGACAUCCAUUGUGUAUUAAUCAUAUUCGAAUAUGGCUUAAAUAA